GUUUACCUGUCAAGUUCAGCUGAUGGAUUAAUAUUGUUAUAAAAAAUGCUCUGGUGAAAUAAAUUGUUUUUUUUUUGGACAGAAUUUUGAUAGACUUGUAUCAAUAUGUUUAAAUUCCUGUCGAAAGCAGCCGGCGUAUUUGGCUACGUCAUCCAGUACGGUUGUUUAACGCACUGUACCUUUGAAUACCUUGGAGAUUUUGUCGUAUGCGUGGGCCCCUCGAUGGAACCGACACUUCACACCAACAACAUCCUCAUCACAGACCAUAUAACCCCCCGGUUAAACCACCUGCAACGGGGGGACAUAAUAAUCGCCAAAAGUCCGACGAAUCCGCUGCAGCACGUUUGCAAACGAAUCGUUGGGCUUCCGGGCGACCGGAUCAUGACCAAGGCGUCGUUCAAUCUGAACCCCCUGUCCAACAGCUACACGAUCCACACGUCGGUCGUACCGGGCCGUAACUCCGACUCGACGGCGGCCGAGCAGAAGCUCCGCCAGAAGGUGGACUUUGUGUCCGGCUCGGUGGAUGCCAGCUCCGACGAUGGUGGCGUGGAGUUGGUUGAGGAACAUCCGGCGCAUCCGGAAAUACGGACCAGCAUCGUGACGGUUCCGAGGGGUCACCUGUGGAUCGAGGGUGACAACGUGCAAAACAGCUCGGACUCGCGGAAUUACGGCCCGGUGCCGAUUGGGCUGGUGAAAAGUAAAGCCAUCUGUAGAAUUUGGCCCGUGACGCAGUUUCAGGUGUUUGCAUAGGUGAAUGUGAUUGUGUUUAAUUUGCUGUAAAUAUCUCAAAUUGUCGAAAUAUAAGUCAGCUUGAAACUGAGAGUGUCA